AUGAACGACCUCUCCGGCGCGGUGGCGGACCGCCAGCGCUGCUGCUGGCGCGUCUCACCGGUCCCCCGCGCCGUCCUCUGCGUGGCCGUGCCCUCCCUCCUCCUCGGCCUCGCCGUCUCCGCCUUCAUCCUCGCCGUCGUCCACAACGCCGUCCUCCUCCUCCUGGUCCUCUCCCUCUCCGCUCUCGUCGUCUCCUUCUUCGCCUGGAACGCCCGCGCUGCCCUCAACGACUGGGCCGUCCUCCUCUUCCUCGACCGGCUCCCCUGGUCCGACCUCCCCACCGCCAAGGACGGCGACCUCGUCAAGCUCUCUGGGGUGAGACCCAUCUCCUCCUAGGUCAAUGAAAUCUCCACCUCUCUAAUGCAGACGAAGAUCAGCUCGGAUUAAAUGGCGGGUUCUCCCUCAAAUGUGGUGAUUGUUGCAGCGCGUCUCUUGCGGGAGUAUUGCUCUCGAGUCUUCCUACGAGAAGGCUCCCAGAUGUGUCUACACAUCGACCCUUCUGUACGAGUAUGCAGGCUGCGGGCUCCAAGAACUGUGGAGCGGGUUCUUUCGCUGGAGAUUGACCUACUCCGAGGUUCACUUCCAGUCUCAAUCCUGCUGUGCUUCAUACCCAGAGAAUCUCAUGGUUAUCAGAUAUAGUUUCCCCUUCGUGUCCCUUCGAACUACAUCUAGUCCACUUCAUGGUCUGUCCAUUGAUAUGUCUUGGUGGAAUGAGAGAUCUUGCUCUGUAUUCACACCAUUUUCUUUGUUUGGGCAAGCCCACAUCUGCCUGGUUAGAAGGGGGGAUGACCUAGUUUUGAGUCACAGGUGUCUUCCAUGGGUCGGGUGUUCUUCCAUAAGCUAUGAUUUUCUGCAUCUGUCAGCUAAUGUCGAUUAGGGUUUAAGAGGGGGUUCUUCCAGUUUAUUCAUUGCGGAAACCACCAGCCCGAGGAAGAUUUGUUCCAAGAUCUUCUGGGCUCUUGAAGUCAACGUUUGAUCUUUCUCCUCGAUCUCAUUCUUUGUUGGGUCAUUUCAGUUUCUUUGGUGGAUGUAGGACAAGCAAACGGUCUGUCAGCUCCUUUCCCCUUCGGGAAAAUGAUUCGCUACGCUUGGCUACAUUAUCUAGCAUAUCCACUAAGUUGGGUUGUGAUGUGGGGGGUGGAACUGGUGAAUCAUUUUCUUAGGCAUUUGCUUCUAAAAAAAUGCUCUUUUUUUUCAGCUCAUUCAACUGCUGCCCGUGUGAUUUUUAUGCCGCUAUUAUUUUUAUUUCCCUUGUAUUUUUUAAUUAGCAAUGCAUCUACCAUGUCUGGUGCUCAGGUUGUGCCUAUUCAUGUGUGAUGACACUGUUGAUCUUGGAUGAAUAAACCUAGUGAUUUAUGAAAAAUAAGUAAACAAGACGGAUGAUAUUUGCUUACAAUGUUGGAAGCUUCACGAAUGAACUGCCCGGAUCGCUCUUUCUGCUUCUCAUCCUUUUGUUCUUAACAGAGGUUCACUGCAGAUUUCCAUCUCACAGACAUUAGAUCAGGCAUAAGAGUGACAGUGAAAGCUGGUCACGAUUCCAAAGUAACCUUCCUGAUCAAGGAGAGUACUCUGAUCAACACAACAAGUAAGAAUAGGAGCUUGUCGUCGACCCUGGUGAGGUGGCUCAGAGAUAGGCAACUCUCUGCAGAGCCGCGAGCUCUUCGUCUGGAAGAGGGGUAAUCAAUCGGACGGCAUAAUGAAACUUUCGUCUGGUUGGUAGUUUUGGGCAUGUAUUAAUGUGGAUCUUGAGUAAUGUCUACAGGUAUGUCAAAGAGGGGAGCCAUUUGACGGUGAUGGGAAUGGUCAACAGAAGCAAUGGUACCAUUACAAUAGUCCCGCUACUAGAACCCAUCUCAACAGGUUGCUUUUUUCGGAAAUUUCUCCUUCCCAUGGUUCUCGAUGGGCUGAUUUUCAAGUUCUCAGACGACCUUGGUUCGGAGGAUACCCCUCAUCUUCCCUCUUGA